GCAACAACGGACGGGCAGAGGAGCCAGGGGGGUGCUUCUCGCUCCGUGGGAGGAAGGGACGACUUACGUUCCCUGUCCAGCAGCAAAAGGCGAUGGAUUCCUCCUUCUAGUUUGAGACGAGAUGCACUUACCCCAGACAACAAAUAUGACCUCACUUUCCGGAAGGUUCGAGGAGUUCUCAACAAGCUCGCCCCCGAGAAGUUCCAUAAGUUAAGCAAUGACAUCCUAAAUGUAGGCCUUGAUUCCACCACAAUUCUGAAAGGGGUCAUUUUGUUGAUCUUCGAAAAGGCCCUUGAUGAACCGAAAUAUUGUUCUAUGUACGCACAGCUGUGCAAGCGGCUGUCAGAAGAGGCUCCUAACUUUGAUCCACCUGACGGACCUUGUACUUAUAACCGCCUACUUUUGAGCAAGUGCCAGGAUGAAUUCGAGCGUCGGCGGCGUGCCUCUGAGGCAUGGGAUUUACCAGAGGGGGCAAUCCUCACCCCAGAACAAGAGGAGGAACGUUCAGCAGCAAAACGCAAAAUGGUUGGCAACCUCCGUUUCAUUGGAGAGUUGGGCAAGCUGGAGAUUAUUCACGAGUCCAUCCUCCAUCGUUGCAUCCAGCAGCUGUUGGAGAAGCGUCGGCGUCGACCAAUGGUUGACUUGGCUGAGGAUCUGGAGUGUCUGUGCCAGAUAAUGAGAACUUGUGGAAAGGUGCUAGACAAGCCCAAGGCCAAGCCCUUAAUGGACCAGUACUUUGAGCGCGUUUAUCAGCUAAGCAGCAAUACGGAACUAUCUGUGCGUGAGGAAGCAGCGCACGACCUUGGUGUUUACAUCCCACCACCUUCAUCGCAUGGACCACCGCGGUCAUCUGGACCCAUCUCUCCUCUGGCUGGUGUUUCAUCAUUUUUCCCACAGCCGGGAGGGAAUCGCACAGGCAUGGAGGAUGUAUUUAUGGGAGCAGUGACUUUAGGUACAGGACCUGGAGUCAUAUCCUCACAGCCUGACAAGUAUGGUUUUGACUCAAAUGGAUUUGGCUCUGGUGUCAGUGGAGGAGGAAGCUAUAGACCACGUCAGCAGCAAGGGAACAAGCACUUCAACAACCAGAGCUUCAGCAGGCAACAACAGAACAACCAAUAUAAUCAACAGCAGAAUUACACCAAUAUCCCCACAAAGGACUUGCCGCCUCGCUUCAAGAAGAUUUUGAGCAAUACAAAUGCAGGAGGGACUGGUGGAUCAGAUGGAGAAGUUUCAUUGCGCCCUGCAGCCUCAAGCAUGAUGCUGAAGCCUAAGACACCUGGAGUGUUGCCUCACAGUGCCCUGGGAAAUCAGCAGAGCAAUGACCACCACCAUCACUCAAGUCUCCCAAUUGCACCACAGCCCCAACCACCCAACCAAAAACCCACUCCACCACUCAUGCAUAAAGAUCCUCCUAUUCUCAUUAAACAAGCAUCAACUGACAAGUCACGUGCCAACAAGAAGGAUAGGGGCCCAAGUCGUGAGGAGUGGCUUCGCCGUGUAAAGAAUGUGUAUGAGGAGCUCAUGAAAGAGCAGAAUUUGGAAGAGGCAGUUGAAAACUACCGCUCCCUUAAAUUACCAGAGCGCCAUACUGCUGAGGCUGUGCAAACUGUUGUAAAUUUCCUCCUCACCCAAGAAGCAGAGAGCAACAGAGAGUUGGGCAGUCAGCUGGUGGAAAGACUACGUAUUGAUGGCCUUAUUAAUGUUGACCGUCUAUUUGAUGGUGUCAGACAGGUUCUAGGUCGACUGGAUGAUCUGGUUACAGACAUCCCUCGAGUUAAAUCCCACAUGGCAGGGAUUUUAGGUUAUUUGGUAGGGUCAGGGACUCUGUCAUUAGCUGAUGUGGCUGAACCUUUGGAGGGAGGACAGCACUUCCCACUUUUCCUGCUCACUCUCCAAACUUUGCACAAACUUCAGGGAAAAUCUGCUCUUACUCAGACCUUCAAUGAUAGCAAGGUGAACCUUCUCAACUUGCUUCCUGAAUCUGAUCGCACCAAGGAAAAGUUAGCGGACCUUCUUGAAGACCGUAAUCUUUCCUUCCUCUUCCCACUUCUGCGAAUCCAGUCUGAUUUAUGGCGAGCCCUUAUUGCCGACCCUUCACCACAUGCGUUUUACAAGUACAUCAAAGAUACACUGGAUGUAGAACACCACACAGCUCCAGGAUUUAUAAAUGCAUUAAUGACUGUCUUGGUCAAGUACAUAACACAGGAAACUACUUUGUGUACUGGAUCUGACCCAUCAGUCAUCCCAGAGAAGUUGGUUACUGAACAAGAACAGGAACUUUUGGCAAAGUUCAAGCCUGUGUUACAGGCUUUUCUACAUGACCAUCUUCCUCUUCAGGUCACUGCUGUGUAUGCACUGCAGGUCUUCACAUACACUCAGAACUUCCCCAAAGGCAUGUUGCUGAGGUGGUUUGUGAAUCUGUAUGAUCUGGAGAUUAUUGAAGAAGAUGCCUUCUUAAGUUGGAAAGAAGACUUGAGCCAAGACUACCCUGGCAAGGGAAAAGCUCUCUUCCAGGUGAAUCAGUGGCUUACUUGGCUGCAGGAAACUGAAGAUGAUGAUGAAGAGGAAGAAGAAGCCUGAUUUUGUCAACAAAGUUUCAUUGCUAUAUGAACAAGGAAUUAUGAUCAGUGAAUGUCAAGAUAUUGUUAGAUGGAGAUAAAUUGGAAUUGAUAAGAUUGCCAGUAUAAGAUGCAGCCAAUAUAGAAGUAUGAUGAAAUGAGAACUAUGAAUGAAUCAGAACCCUUGCUCUGAGGAGACUGUCCUGUUUCUAAGCUUCCUGGGUAUUUAACCCUAUUAUUCUCCUGUUGCUGCUGUUUGAGGCAGAGACAGUCAGAACUCCUGGGAACAAGGCUUUGACCAGUGCUCUUGGAUGAGGUAACUAAACAUAAGUUUAAUGAAGCUGGAUUCAGAGUAAAAGAAUUAGAAAACAGUGAGUUUCAGCCUUUGUUGGUUCAGGAAUUUUGAGGUUUUGGCUAACACCAAAGUGUUCUCAAAACAAUACAAGAUGAAAAAGUGUAAAAAGACAACAAAAAAAAAAAAGGAAAAUUUUCCUAUAAAACUGAAAUGAUGCCUUAGUGUUGUAUGACAUUGCUACAUAAUCUCUCGUAAUUCAAUUAGCGCUUCAAGUUGUCAUCACUUAGAUGUAUAGUAACAUAUUUAGCAAGCACUUCACUAUUUAACUGUUUUUAAACCUUUGUGACUGAUAUUUUUUAUGUACUCUAUAGCUUUAUUUUCCACCAUUUUAUUUUACCAAAUAUGUGUUAUACAUUGGAUAAAUUAAUAAUGGUGUAAUGGAGGUAACUUCUCUUAUGAGAAUUACAAAGUUAGAUGGUAGAUUUGUUUUGUACUCGAAUAUUAAGUAUGUUAGUGUAAAGUGUGUAUGAGGAUUUUUAUCAAGAAUACCCCCAUCGUACAUAGGAGUGUUAUUUUGGUUCAUUAGGAUUUUUCAGCCUUUGGGUUAAACACUCAACUCUCAAUUUUCAGAAUUCCAAUUAUGGGAAUGUCUUCAAAAUUUUAGGCAGUGUGAGACUGAGUAAAUCAUUCCAUAAUUAGUAGCCUUGGAGUUUGGAUGUUCUUUCACCACUUCGCUGUCAUUGCCUGCAGCUGUAGCACUGACCAAUAAACAUCACUCUGAAAGUCUGUUUGCAUUCCUUAGAUUUUUAUAUACUGUAAAUUUUAAUUAUGUUAUGAAAUGUCAUUGUUGCACUAAGAGCUGUUCCAUACUUUUAUGCUGUAUGACCUGUAUAAAUUAUUAACCUUA